GGGGCCGCGGGAGGCGGCGGAGGUGAGUGCAGCAGCCGGGCGGCGUGGCGGGGGCAUGCGGUCUUGUCCCCCGCGUGUUGCUCGCCGGCCCUCCGCGGCGCCAGGGACGGGACGGAGGACUAGGGAAAAGGCCACCGGGUGACGGCGGGCUGCGGAGCCCGGGGGCUCAGAGCCCCGAGGCCGGUCCUGGACGUGCGGGGCCCCCGGACAUCGAGAGGGCACUUUAGGGAACUACGAGGAGGAGUCCGAUGGGAAGAUGGCGUGCGAGGCCGAGCACCGCCCCCUGGGUGUGUUUGAGUGCCAGCUCUGCGCCUUGGCAGCUCCGUACAGCUAUGUGGGGCAGAAGCCGCCCGACACCCAGUCUGUCGUCCUCCUGGAGGAGAGCUACGUCAUGAAGGACCCCUUCACCCCCGACAAGGACAGCUUCCUGGUCCUGGGCUCCAGGUGCAGUGUCUGCGGCCGGCUGGUGUGUGUGGGCCCGGAAUGCAGUCUGUUCUACUCCAAGCGGUUCUGCCUCCCUUGUGUCCGGAAGAACAUCCAGGCCUUCCCGCAGGAGAUCCGGCAAGACCUGGAGAAAAGGAAGGUCCCAUCGAAGAGGCCGGCCGGCCAGCCCAGCUCGCAGGCCUGAGCCGGCGUGGGGGCCUGAGCCUGCAUCGGAGGCCUGAGCCGGCGUGGAGGCCUGAGCCGGCGUGGAGGCCUGAGCCUGCAUCGGAGGCCUGAGUUAGCAUCGGAGG